CAAGUCGUGCGUGUCACCGUGAUGUGCGUAAAUACUCCUACGUACAACUUGACAGUCCCAUAACAAACCACUCGCCCGAGCCAACCUCAGUGUAGCGCUCCACUGCCUCGGCCGCAACUUCUCCAGCGGUUUUGCCUCUUUGGAUUUACUCGUUUUCGGAAUAGUAGCGACGCGGAGCCGACAUGUCCUCCCGCGAGAGUUUUAAGGACUUGGGCAGCGGUAGUUUAUCAUCCGAGGAGGACUGCAGCGCGCGCUCGGACGUGACCGAUACGGGGCCGGCGGAGGAGGAGAAAGCGAGCUCCCCGACGUCUCCAUCCGCGCUUCGGCAUCACCCCUUCAGCGUGGAGGCGAUCAUGUCCGGGAGGGUGGUGUCCAGGCGGAGCGCGGAGCCGGUGUGCCGCAAAGAGGUGCCCAGAAGCCCGCUCAACCCGCUGUAUCUGUGCCGGGAGAGCGAAGCGAGCCGGAAAAGUUUGAGCGCGUCUUCGCCAACUUCGCCCGUCAAGUCUGAAGCGUCCGAGCCGGAGGAGUGCACGCCUUGGGUCACCAACGGAGCGUACCCCUCACAGCCGCGCCACAUCAACCCAGGAUGCCAGCUCCGAAAACACAAGACCAACCGUAAGCCCCGCACGCCCUUCACCACGUCCCAGCUGCUGGCGUUGGAACGAAAAUUCCGUCAGAAACAGUACCUGUCUAUAGCCGAGCGCGCCGAGUUCUCCUCUUCACUCACCCUCACGGAGACGCAGGUCAAAAUCUGGUUCCAAAAUCGCAGAGCCAAAGCCAAACGACUACAGGAGGCCGAACUGGAGAAACUCAAGAUGGCCGCCGACGCCAAAACCGCCGCCGUGGCUGCUGCUGCAAACGCCGGAGCGCUACACCCGGGCUUCACCUUACCUCUCUCCCUGGGGGCCAUGUCUCUGUACGGACAGUCGUAUUCAGCGUACCACCACCAGCACAGACCUCUGCUCCCCCUGUCUCCUCUAGGACUCUACGCGUCUCCCCUCAGCUACGGCAUGUACCACUUAUCCUAACAGAAAGCGUCACUGACUUUUUUUUUGGACUUGAGAAACAUUUUGGAGGAUAUUUUAAAGGAAAAAUACAUAAUUUAACACGUCGCUUUAAUGAGCUUCCGGGUUCACCAGCCAAUCUUCUCCCUCCCAUUGUGCAUUGAUGUUGCCGUUUAAGCCGGAUGCCUUAUCUGAUGCAGCCCGGGCCCGGUCGGUCUAUCUCUCCAGGCAGAGGGACACGUGUAACUCUGAGUUGGUUGUAGAUUUUGUACCGGAUGCCCUGCCUGUCUGUGCUAUGACAUCUGGAGUUGCCAAAAAAGCGAAAAGCAAUUAAAAGCGUCAACGUUUGAAGUCCUGAUGUCUCCGUGUUGGCUAUGCCCUGAUCGUGUACGUCAAGAAAGAAAUGAACUGACGCUAAGAGGCUUGUUAAGCGUUCGCGGUUGGACUUUUCCCAUGUUCAUUUUAAUCCACUGCACGGUCAGGGGGUGGUUGACUUCUUCCAAGGGCACUUCAAAUCGAGAGACAAAUCAAGACUUUUAAACAAGGAUAUUUUUGCGUCCUUCCUGGCUGACUGCGUGUUUACAUUGUGAGUGAAGAGGGGCGUGCACCGCUGAGCUUUUUAUAGUCUCCACUUGUUUACUUUUGCAAUAAUUGAAAUGACUGAGGACUCGCAAUAUUCACUUAAGCCUUUUCCUCCAAGACUGCCUUAAAAUAGACACUUUUUCUGGCUCUUUCUUGAUGGAGUGAGUGUUUUCAGCGACUCAGGCUAAAUGAAACAUAUUACUGAUUCACUCAAUUUGACUCCCAAGAAAGCACGGUUGCCUUAACUCUUUUCUGUUUCCCUUUUUGCCCAAGCAAUACAUACCCUUUUCACUCCUCGUUUUUUACCUUUUAGGCUUCAUAGAUCAAGCCUAGAUGUAUUUAUUCUUUAUGAAAAAUUAUGCUGGAAAUGUAUGAAUGUGUCACAAAGUCUAUUUAUGAUCUUAAUAGAAAAAAAAUUAUGGUACAAAGAACUACGGACCAAAAUUGCUUUAUUGUUAAAAACUAAUGGACUCCCUUUUGAACGGGGCCACACUAUGCAGUCUAUAUUUUUUCCUAAUGUCUUAUGUAAAGUCUUCCACGAUGUUGAUUUUAAUGUUCUUGAAAUAAAUAAUGAAUAAAGCCA